AUGAACCAUGUAUGGCUGGGAACCCUAAUCAUCCUUCUCCACCUGUUUGUGAGGUGCACAUGUUACCAAAUGAUAUAUGUAGAUUUCUUUGACAAAAAAAAUGAUGACUCCAGUGACCUGAACAACCUGUCGUGUUCCUGGCGAUACUACUGCACAGAGGAAUUUCAUUUCUGCGAGUACGGCUGUAGUUCCAAGAAAAAGCUGAAGACAGGAUACAACCUGCUUAACACCACCAAUUUGAGAGAAAACUGCUUCAUCAAUGUCGAGUGCGAGAAUCAUCAGAUUUACUUCGACUCCGAGGAUCCUGUGCAUUUCCUCUUUUUCUCCAAGCCGUUCUUCCGCAUCAACCGGGACUUCACCCUUUAUGUGCACCUGGCCCAGAGGAACAACGGAGCAGGCGAACGUACGCACCAUGGGAAUGAAGGAGCGGGGUCCACCAUAUGGCGAGGACUAUGUCUCACCUGGGAAAGAACAAAUGAGUGGAGACGAUCCAUAUCGAAGAAACAUAAAAAGAGUUUAAUUAAGUUGUUAAUAUGCCUCAUUUUAAUCCAUAUGAUUUUUUUUUAUCUCUAUAUAUACACGUACUUGUAUUUGGACAAGCAGGAGGAGGUGUAG